AUGCAGGCUUUACAGGAUCUUGGCUGUCACCAGCUUGUCCUUCAGGUUGGCCGAGGCAAAGAGUGUCCAGAUUCAUUCAGCACAGCCACAUUUACUCUGGAAGUGUUCAGAUUCAAGAGCUCACUUUCCGAAGAUGUUAAAAAAGCAGAUCUGGUCAUAAGCCAUGCAGGAGGACUCUUGUGGAGACGCUCAAAUCGAUGGAUUUCUCUACUCUGAAGCCAUUUGUUCCUGGACAACCAGAAAAAUUUGCUACCUUCUUGGACAGCGUGAUUGGCAGUUAACUAUGUGGGUUUGAACAAGAGAGCUGCCGUAACUGAAACUGACAUAAGAUCUAUGCAAGUUUGCGAUAGUAUUUGUCACCUCCAAUGAAAUUGAGAAUUAAAGCUUUCGUUCAGCAGAUUCACAUUUUGUGUGAAACCAGCUGAUGUUUUUAUAUAGCAUCUUGUAAACCUCAAAUGGAGAUGAGACUAUUCUGCCAUGUAAGGCAAAGAGGCCCUUGUCUUGGUUGACAAAGUGGGCAAAGUGCCAAAACCAAUUUGUGUUACGGUAAUUAUGUUUUGUAAACUCAGUCUCCUUCAAUAAACCAUGAUUAAGUAGGAGGCUUUCCCACGGUAUAUAAACUAAGCAUAUGAUUUUUUAAAAAAAUUAGGCAAUCAUGGCUUGUUCAGUAAACCUUAAUGAUCAAUUUAAUGUUUCCUUUAUAAAAGUAUCACUUUAAUGUGAUGAGCCAAGAGUUCCCAAGGCUAUUUAAAUGUCUAAAUCCUGACAUCGUUAUGCAUGAAAUUAUAUACAUUCUGUGCAAUCUAUAAAGCCUUCUCUUGUUAAAUAUGCUUGCAAUUCUUCAGCCUGCAAUUUGAUUUGGAUCUUUUUUUUUCUUGGAGGCCAUCAGCCCCAUUUUGUCAUUGGCUCUCUGAGCAGGACAGUUAGUUGGACUCUUGGUCAGAUUCAGAGGUGGAUUCCUACCGGUUUGGCCUGGUUCGGCCACAGCAGUAGUGGUUUGGCGGCCUGAGUCGCUGGAACC